AAGUGAGGCAUAGGAAGAUUAAGCCACUAGCCCAAGGCCACACACCUACUUACAGUAGAGAGUCAGGCAGCACCCCAGAGCCAACUGGUGUCUGAGGAGGAUGGGAGACUGGGCCACUUGGCGCCUUAAAGUUCUUUCCAACAAGAGGGCUAAGGCAGCUGCUGGGGCCUAUGGUGUCACCCUGGACUUCUACAUCCAGCUUUGCCAUUGACCUGCUGGGUUGCCUUGGGCCCGUCAAGAAAAUUUCCUAACCUCAGUUUCCUUAUUUUUUCAAUGAAGACGUUAGACACAGUAUCCUUGAUUCCGCACUGUAACCCAGGAAGAGGCAUUUGGGAAUUAGGCCUGGGAAGGGGCCUGCUGGUGACAUCAUAGAGGGGAGAAUUCCGUAAGAAGAGUCGGGCUUUCCUAGAAGCCCCAGGGCCACGGCCUAGGUGAGCAGGGCAAUCUAGGAAGCGGCCUGCUGGGCCCACGUCUUGAGCUCUCCUCGUUCCAGGGUUCCUAGCAUAGUCAUAGAUCAACCCUCGAUGGCUGGAAAGGCUCACAAUGAGGCAGACAUCAGUGACUUGGAUAUGCUUUCUCGCCCCAGCUCAUCAACCCCACACCACAGGCCAGGCCAUAGUGGAGGCCACAACCUUCAUGAAUCCCAUCCCCACAGUGUGUCCCAUCACCAUGGUGAGUCCCACCUUCAUGACAUAUCCCAUCAUCCUGGUGGAUCUCACCACCUUGGUGACUCCCCAGACUUCAAAGACAAUGCCUUCUCCCGCCAUUCCCACCACUCUCCCCACCCUCCCCACUCUCCUCACACCCCCCACCAUGGAGAGGCCCACCAUCAUGGUAGAGCCCACUACCCCACAACCCUUGUCCUAGAGCCUUCCCAUGGUGCUCAUGGUGCUCAUUCUUAUGGUGAGGACCACUUUGAUGAUGAGCAUCACCAUGGUAGCAGGAGAGUCCAGCAUGGUGAGUCCUACCACCAUGGGGGACCCCACCGGGGUGAGUCCUACCACCAUGGGGGACCCCACCGGGGUGAGUCCUACCACCGUAGGGGACCCCACCGGGGUGAGUCCUACCACCGUAGGGGACCCCACCGUGGUGAGUCCUACCACCGUGGGAGAUCCCACCGUGGUGAGCCCCACCACCGUGGGGGGCCGCACCACCAUGGUGAGCCCCACCUCCGUUGGGGGCCCCACCACUAUGGUGGGUCCCAUCUCCAUGCGAACCCCCUCCACCAUGGUGAAUCCUACCACCGUGGAGGCCCCCAUCACCAUAGUGAGGCCUAUCACCAUGGUGGGCCCCAUCAUGAUGUUGCUCACCACCACGGCGGGCACUCUCCUCAUGAAGCCCACCACCACAGAAGGCCUCUUCAUCAUGGAGAGGCCUAUUCCCACCAUUCCUACGUGGAGCCCUACCAUGAUGACAUACCUGGCUACAUUAGUGAGCACCACCGUGGCCACCACGAUGAGCACCACCACAAGGAGCACCACCACGGUGAGCACCACCACGGUGAGCACCACCACGGCCACCAUGGCGAGCACCAGCACAGGGAGCAUCACCACGGUGCACAUCCACAUGAUUAUCUCCAAGGCGAUCACCACUAUGGGGGGCACCAUCAUGGUGGCUCUGAAGUCUUUGGCCCACACAAGUCCUACAGCAUGGCCAGAGCCUCCCUCGACUCCACCCAUUCUUAUGCAUCAGCCCGCCAACCGAGCAUAGGACACAUACAGAACUUGAUGCGUUCCCGCAGUAUGAUUCAUAUACCGGGCGCACAGGUCUCCAGCAAAGUCCAUCCUCAGGAUUCUUCCUCUAAAUCCUCGGAAAGCUGGGCCGAAGAAGAUGAGCAAUUUCAGAAGCGCAAAGCUGGCCGUACCCAGCGGCCCCACAAGAAGCUGCACACCUUGUACCUCUGCUAUUGGUUGUGGGAAAAAUUAAGCUACUUCAUUCAGGACCUCAGGAGAAUGCUCAGGAAUCUGAUUGAGUCCCUGGCCUUCGAAGCCUUCAUCUUCCUCGUUGUCUGCCUCAACACCAUCAUGCUGGUGGUCCAGACCUUCGCUGAAGUUGAGAUCCGGGGUGAGUGGUACUUCAUGGCCUUGGACUCCAUUUUCCUCUGCAUCUACGUGGUGGAAGCUCUGCUCAAGAUCAUGGCUCUGGGCGUCAAUUAUUUUUAUAACUCCUGGAACAAUCUGGAUUUCUUCAUCAUGGUCAUGGCGGUGCUGGACUUCAUGCUCAUGCAGCUCAACUACCUCUCCUCACGCACCUUCUACCACCAAAGCUUUCGAAUCUUCAAGGUCUUCAAGAGCCUGCGGGCCCUGAGGGCCAUCCGGGUCCUGCGGAGGCUCAGCUUCCUGACCAGCCUCCAGGAAGUGACCGGGACCCUGGCCCGGUCCCUGCCGUCCAUCACUGCCAUCCUCAUCCUCAUGUUUACCUGCCUCUUCCUCUUCUCUGUGGUGCUGCGAGCCUUGUUCCGCCAGUCUGACCCCAAGCGCUUCCAGAACAUCUUCACGACCAUAUUCACCCUCUUUACCCUGCUCACCCUGGACGACUGGUCCCUCAUCUACCUGGAUAGCCGGGCCCAGGGCGCCUGGCACAUCAUCCCCAUCCUCAUGAUUUACAUCAUCAUCCAAUACUUCAUCUUCCUCAACCUGGUGAUUGCUGUCCUGGUGGACAACUUCCAGAUGGCACUGCUCAGAGGCCUGGAGAAAGUGAAGCAGGAGAGGGCCGCCUGGAUCCAUGAGAAGCUGCUGGAUGACUCACUGACAGAGCUCCGCAAAGCAGAGCCUGUAGAGGAGAUGAGUGAACACACCAAACAGAAGCAGCUCAUGGAGAAGAAAUUUGGGACCAUGACUGAGAAGCAGCAAGAGGUCCUCUUCCACUUUCUGCAGCUGGUGGCCGGGGUGGAACAUUAUCAGCAGAAAUUCCGCUCCCAGGCAUCCGUCAUUGACGAGAUUGUCGACACUACUUUUGAGGCCGGAGAAGAGGACUUCCGGAAGUGACCCCUGGGGAGGGACACCGGAUGCAGACUUCAACCUCUGACGGAGCCCAAAAGAUGAGCACUGGCCGGAAGGAAGGGCAGGUAUCCUACCAGCUCUGCCAUUUACUGACUGGGUCCCUCGACCUCCCAGAGCCUCGGCGUCCUCAUCUGAAGAAAAGUGCCAACUCUUGUCUUCAAAGGUUAUUCUGACAUGAAUGGGUCACUCAUAGGUAAACUGGACGUGUGCUGGAGGUCCCAGCAAAAUAGGCCACUAUGACUUUUUUGGAAUAAUCUGAUAAUUAAUAUAUUAAAAACUGAAUCGAAGUAGUCAACAUGGGAAAAGUCUGGAUUUUGUUGAGAUUCUCUAUCUGUGUUUUAGAGUUCAGCCUAGUCUGUACUUUUAAUCACAUGUUGCUGGGGGAGGCGGGGCCUUUUUCCCCUGAGAGAGUAAGAUCUUGUCAGUGCUCAGGGCCUCCAAGGAUCUUAACUGGGGCCUGAAGAGGUAGUGGUUAACCGUCCCUGACAAACAGUUGGUAUUUAAUAAGUGGCAGCUAUUAGUAUGCUGAAUGUUAUGAGUAAGCAUCCGGCAUCUCUCCCCCAAUUCCCAGCCUCUCAGAAUCCCAGGGCCAGGAAAGGCAGUGCUUUCUCCCAGGGAGAUGGGAGCGGAGCGUGGCACUGCCCAGUGCAGCUGCUACCCCACCCCCUCAGCCCAGCUGUGAAAAACAAUCUUGGAAUUCCAAGGAACUGUCACAAGUUUGUCGUGGGCUCAGGUGUCUGCCUUAAAGGGACAGACCCCAGUUUGUGGGAGAGCUGGAGUGAGCUUGGCUUGAUGAGGAGGCCAAGGCCAGGCAGGAACCCCACCCGAGAGAACCCGGGAGAGGGAAGAGGAAGAGGACGCCAGCACAGGGAAAAGUGGGAGCAGCAGCCCCAGGGGGCCGGGAACCUCCUGGGCUCUCCCAGGUCUGCUCUCCUGUCACUUGGAGCUCAGCCAUCGCCACACUUACCUCCAACAGCUCCCUGGAAAACUCACCAAGGCCCGGUCUCCGACUCCCUGAGGACCACUGGGUCCCCAGCUCCUUGCCCUGCCCUACCUGUCACUCCUUCACACUGCUGCCGACAAGUCUUUUGCGCCCCAACUUCACAAUUUCCAAAGACCUUUCACCCACUGGUCUAUUCUCACAAGCACCUCGAGGUAGUAAGCAGCAUCCUCAUUUUGCAGAUGAAGAGAGUUAAUCAGAGAGGUCAGAACACUUGUCUAAGGUCACACAGCUAGAAGUGGUGUCUUGGUGAGAAAAGAGGGAUGGGGAAGGGAAAUUAACAAUUACUGGGCUCUUGAUAUGUGCCAGGCCUUGUGCCAGGGACCUGACAUACGUUCUCUUGUCCUCAUAACAGCUCUGCAGAAGGAAUGAUUAUUACCUCUUUUUACAAGGAGAAAAUGAGGGGUGAAAAGGGAAGGGUCAGUGGUGGGUCCCAGGGUGGCACGCCCACUCCAGCAUCCUAGUGUGUGAGUCCUGGACUGCUCCACUGGGAUAUGAGGUCUUGUGUGCAGGGGGAGGCUCCCUAGGGGUGGGGGUGCCCCGGGAGGAUUUUCCCAGGGCUGGGUCGCAUCUGGAGAAGAGCCUGGACUCCAUCCCCUCUGGACCACCCUAGCUUCUAGAAGGAGGCCUGGGCCCGAUGGUAAGCUUGGGCUUGACCAUCCCCGCGGGCCACAGGGCACAGCCUCCAGUAUUGCUGUGGCCCAGACAUCCCAACCCAGGCUGCCCACUGCACCCCUCUCUCGCCUCUGGCUGAUGGGUCCCGCUGACCAGGCCGAGCCCUUGACAUCCCCUUCCCCCUGGGAUCAGGCCACCCAGGGCCUUCAUGCUGCCCCCAGAGCACUCUUCCUUGAAGCUUUAGCUAGGUUCCUUCCCCCGGGGCUCUGCUCCCUUUCGCUGUGGGACCACCCCCUGGAAAGGAGACCUUGUAGGGAGGAAAGCUGUGAGCCCCCAGCGGUUAAAGCCCCCCUCUGCGGAGGAGCUCUCCUCAGUGCUGGGGGCUUUAGGUUCAUUGGCUGAUGGAGUCCUCACCACCCUGCCCCAGCUGACAGACGAGGAGACAAGGCUCAGACCAGUGAAGCAUCUUGCUCCAGGUCACACAGUAAGUCAAGGAGGAACUGAGACCAGAACUGGGCCUGGUUGGCUCUCUCAAGCUAUCGUCAGGCAAGGCAGGAGUGGCAGCAGAGAGAGCCCUGGGUCCCUGGAGGCAAGGUAGAAGGGGGAUGACAGUCACAUACUCGUGACCACGUACUGUGAGCCUUUCACACCAUCAGGGCCGCCUGGGGCAGGGUGGGGAGGUGUGUCUCAGGCUUGGGUUUGUCCUGUAGCCUCCCCUACCUCCUCUCCAGGGGCAGCAGCACCCCAUCAGGGCCCUGCAGUGCAUGGUUGGGUUCACUCCAUGCUCUGGGCCAGAUCUGAGCACUCCUGACUAGACCGGCUGAGGGAACCAAGGUCUGGCUGGGUGCAGCCGGGGAGGGGGCCCCGGGGUCAAUGUUUGCUGACUUCCAGGCCCACCCAUGCCCCCGGUCAGGCCCGUCCUGUUGGGCAGUGUGAGCUGACAUUUACAUAACCUGACUCCUGCCUGUCCCCCCAGGUCUGCUUUCUCCAACAUUCCAGACCUCGUCCCUUUGUCUUGCCCAGUCGGGGUUGGGUCUCUGAGAGGCCACAGUGUCACAGGUACUUUCUAGAUGCCUUUUGUUUCCUGCUGCCCCAGGACUGAUCCAGUAAGUUGGGUGGAAUGCACUAAGGAGCCCAGAGAGAGGGUUUGGGGCCUGCCAACAUGUCGCAGGCACUGCCUGAGCCCCGAGGGAGAGGCGCGUGGGCAGGCUCCAGCCCCUGCAGAGACAAAGCCUGUGGUGGAGGCAGGAAAGAGCCCACGUCGAGGAAGCAGAGCAGGCAGCGCGUCCCACAGGAUUCUGCUGGGCGGGCCCCAGGGCCAGAGCCACAGGAGGGAAAACCGGGCCACCAGCGUGGGCAGGACCCAUGGGAAGGGCGUCGCGGAGGAGGAGGGAAUCUCCAUUACCUCAGAGGUGCCAGCAACAACCUGGCAGCGUCAGGGCUGGGGGGGCGGCCGUGGCCCUGCCGAACCCCCACCUAAGCACACCAGGCCUGGGUGACAGCAUCCCAGCACAGGGUCGAGGUGGAGGGCACUCUGAGGUGACCCUGGACCCAUGCAGGAAAACAUCCGAAACAGUACGGCCUGAAACUCCAGGGACAGCCCACAUUCCCACCUCGGUCGGGGCUUCAGACUGGCACUCUCCCAGGUGGCCUGUAACACAAGGGGGCUCUGCUCUGGCCACCUGGUGUCCUUCCAAGGGGGCCACUCACCCUUCCCAGACCCAGCCUUGCACCUAAUGAGCAUGAGUUUCUGACUACUCGCUCCGUCCGCGGGUCUUUAUUUUUGGUCUCCCUUUUAUCCUUCUACUGUUCUGAGAUGUAGCUAAUGGAAAGUACGGAGAACGUUAACUGUUUACUUUAACCAGCAGACCUGUAGCAGCACCGCACACGACAAGAAAUGGAAACCGCCUCUCCCGCCCCCAAGGGCCCCACUCACCGCAUCGGGCUCUCUCCCCCAAAGGUCAUCACUGCCACUUCUUUUUCUUUACCUUUGACUUUUGCAAUAAACAUUUGGCUUUUCUAGUUUUACCACCUCUGUAGCAAUCCCCAAGCAAGAAUUCACUCGUUAACUUGACAUGAAUGGCAUCACAUGAUGCGCUAUUUCGUUUUAUUCGCUCAAUAUUGAGAUUCACGGGUCGUACACGGCUGUCACCUGUUCCUUUCCACUGGUAUCGCUAGACUGUCAUCAGCUAAGCUGCUGGGAAUGUCCGCACAGGUGCUGGCGCAAGUAUGUGUGUCCCGGGUCACAGCCCCGGGAGUGGAAUUGCCGGGUCACGGGAUGGGUCUUAUCUUCAGUUUUACUAGAAAACGCCCAAAUGUUUUCCCCAAGUGUUCAUACCGAUCUACACUCCCACCACCUGGCUCUCAGUUCCUGUUGCUCUGUUCCCUCACAGCGCGUGGUAUUGUCUACAAUUUUCCGUACAAUGGCAUCUCAUUUGCAUUUGAUUACCAAUGGGAUCAGGCACCUUUUCACAGGCUUAUUCACCAUUUGGGUAUCCACUCGGGCUUUCAUCUCUUCUGCCCACUCUCCUAUUGUGUCGUCUGCUUUCUCCUGGCUGCACUUCCGUAUGUGCUCUGGAUCCAAACCCUUGCCGUUUACGGGUGUUGCAAAUCUUCCCCACCCUGGGUUAGUCUCUUCACUCUCUUUAUGCUAUCUUGAGAUGAACAAAGUUUCUAUUAAUGGAGUUCAACUUACCAAGUUUUUCUUCCUAAUUUUCUCUACCGAGAUCAUGAAAAUCUUCUGAUAUUCUCCCAAUUUUUGUAUUUACUAUCUGUCACUCUCUCCUCAUCAGACUGUAAGCCCUCUGAGGAAAAUUCUAUAAGCAGCAGGUCCUCCACGGCGCUCCGCUCGAGGAAUGAAAGCCAAGUGGGGCUGGGUGCUACACAGCUAGAGUUUCAUCUGAUCCUUACAUCUCAUUUUCUAAGUGGGGAAACUGAGGCUCAGAGAGGCCGAGUAACAGCGCUAAGGAACACAGGGCUCUCAGGUACAUGCGUUUCCAAGUUACAUUUUGAGGGCCAGCCUGCCUCCUUCCCAGCAGUAAGUCCGUGGACAUGCUACUUAGCCUCUCUCAGCCCCUCGUUUCCUCACCUUUAAAACAGAAAAUUACUUAUUGUGGAAGAAAAAGAUGUUGGCAAAGAUCUUAGUUGUGGGUCUGGGUCACACUAAGUGUUCAACAAAAAACAGGAUGGGGGCCAGUCCGGUGGUGCAGCAGUUAAGUGCACACGUUCCGCUUUGGCGGCCCGGGGUUCGC